AUGUCAGCCACCACGAAAACUGUUACCUUGGUCACCACCACAGCUCCCCAGAUCAAGCAGUUGAAGCCUUGUUUCGGCGUUGUGGUUGAAGGUUUCGACUUUGCGGAAGAUGUCACCGAGGAGAGCUAUCACUUGGUAGAGGAAUUAGUGAAGAAGUACGGUGUAGUUGUUAUUCGAAAGAGCAACCUGACCGACGGGACCCACAUCAAGCUGGCUCGCAGUUUUGGUGAGCUGGACGAUGUCAAGCCCUAUAACAAGGCAGGUAGGAAGAACCGCCUCAAAUAUGAUGAGCUAUUCGACGUUGGCAAUAUAGAGGUUGAUGGAUCUAUCGUGGACCCGAAGAGCCCCCGUGGCCAAGCCAACAGGGGCAACAGUCUAUUUCACGUCGACUCCAGCUUCAAUCCUCGUCGGGCUGGCCUUUCUCUCCUGCUCUCUCAUGAGCUGCCUCCCCCGGGUACUGGUGGCAGCACAGAAUUCUGCGACACCAGAGCAGCGUGGGACGACCUUGACCAGGAGACCAAGAAGGAUCUCCUCGAUAAUGACUACAUCGGGUGUCAUUCCGUUAUGCACUCCAGAAAGCUGGCCGCUCCGAACCACUUCGCAAACAUUGAACCCACGGAUUACCCUAUGGGCCGUCAUAGGAUAGCACAGAAGCAUGAGAGGUCGGGUCGUAUGAACUUGUACCUUGCCAUGCAUAUCCAUCAUAUCGAGGGUCUUGAAUCUGAGGCAUCCAAGCAACUCUUCGACAAGCUCUUUACACAUGCUACGCAAGACAAGUACCGCCUUAUGGUUGAAUGGGAAAAUGUUGGAGACCUUGUCGUCUGGGACAACACUUGCACAAUGCAUAGGGCAGUAGGCGGUGAAUUUGCCUUCAAAUACAAGAGGGACAUGAGACGUGCUACUGUCCACGAUGACAGCAGCCAGGCGUGGGGCCUAAAUGAACACGUAGACACUCGACAAGGCCUUCCUUGA